AUGUCUCGAGCGAAGGUCACAGUGCCUAUCGGGCCAGCCUCUGACGGCACUGGAGCCGUUCCUCAAGCGGCAUCGCACUAUCGCGAUGACCAGUACUAUCUGGACACGAUCGCUGAGAGGUGGGYCAAGGAGCAGGGCCGUCAUCAACCUGGCGUCACAUACACUCUCUCAAAUCUUCCCGCCGGCUAUGCCGGGUACGCCAAGAACCGAGACAAUCAAAAGCAUAUUGACCGAUUUCUGUAUGGUCACCCAAAUGGUGUUUUCCGCUCGAUACCCGAGCUCUAUCCGCACUUUAAGACUCYGCAAGACAAUAAUAGCUCAGAUGGGUGUCCUUGCAAGCUCUGCACAAAACCCGCGUCGAGGCCUAGUCGUAGUCCCGCUGGCACUCCUCGCGCGGCUGGUCGAGUUGCAAAGCCGAAGAAGCAGCGUCAAAACACAGGCAUCCUCAAGUCGACCCUGGACUCGGCGAGUGACUCUCGUCAAAAGCAGGUUGAUGAUGAAGGUUGCGAGGAUGUGUAUCGCAAGCUGCUCGAUCGACUAAAGGAAGUCGACCCAGCUAAAAUCACGCAGAAAUUCAUCGACCAAGCCUCACCAGACUGGCGGGCCGGCCACGAUAUCGUUGAAGCUUUACUCAAAACCGUGAAACAGGCGCCCCGGUACGAGCCCCGUCUUGGUGAGUUGGUACUAUUCGACCGAAGCGCUUCGGUGUCUGAAGGAAUGGCAUGGCAUCCAAACUCACAACGGCUUCGAAAAUUCGAUAUCACUUCUCGUACCUGGCUGGGAAUUCCUCAAUGGGAAGCGGGUGUAGUGACACAGAUUCCGGUUGAGUCAGUGUCAGCAGCAGAUCUGAACCAGGUGUCGGGAGCAAAGACGCAGGGAGUCACAUUUUUUGGGUACAGAGUGGAAUCAUUGACGCCACUGAGCACGAAGGAGAAACCCAUCGCUUCACAACACAAGUAUGCACCUUUACAUGCCAUACGCCCAUUCUCGUUUUGGAAAGACUGCCUCGAGGACCCAUCGAAGGCUCAUCCGACCAUCACGCAUGCUAUGAAGGUCGCGAACUCGUUUUGCAUCAUCGGGAAACAGACAUUCGAAGGGCAGUGGCCAGAGGCGACACUAUUCGUGCAGGGCGUUUAUAUUGGACCAGAAUUGAUUCUGGAUAGCGACGUGGUCCGUCUGCUCCCCGAUGCAGGGCAUAGCCAGAUCACGGACGUCCUAGCCAUCUCCUCCAUCCGACUCCGCUUCGUCAAUCUGGAGGAGGCGAGUGACGAUGACUAUGAUGACGAUCAUCCAUAUCACGUCUGCCUUCACGUCAGUGGGAAAGCCUUCAGCUUGGACCCGAAGAGAAGUUUCCAAGGUGGACCGCCAAUUUUGCCUGGGACCCACGGCCUUCCAAAAAACCUCGAAAAGUACGGCAAGUGGUAUUCAAUUCUUGACCUUUCAAAGCCGAAGGCAAGGUUAGAGGUGCCGUUCUCCAAAAUCGUUGGCAAGUGCUUCGAAGAUACGGCCAUGGAGGCAUGGUGGUCCUCUUGGGCUGUCGAUGCAGAAACAGGCAACAGCAAGGCGAAACCUGUCGAUCUAUCUCAGGGUCUCGGUACCAUGCAAGAGGCCCGUAUAAUCAGCACCCAGAGUGAUCCUCGCAUUGACAAGGCCAAUGGAAAGUCGUGGUUCUGGGCCGAGUCUCGCAUCGAACAACUGGAUCUCCAUGAGGUCAAUGAUCGCUUCGUAGGCGUGAGGGAUGAUGAGCGCGACAGAGAACAGAUGCGCACGUGGCGACUGGCCCUGCGCAUUCUGGACGGAAAGAAGACGAGUUUUGAUGCCAUGUAUGAGAUGCGUAAGGAGCGCCAGGAACAGGAACAAAAGGCCGUUGAGAAUAAUGCUGCUUUCGGGAUGAUGGGCGGCGCUGUUCAGCGAUAUAGUGGCAGUGGCGAGGAUGUGGACAUGGAGGGAUUGCAGCUAGGAGACGGGGGUGAGCACGAACACCAUGACAGUGACGUCGCCGAGAUGCAAGGUGGAGACCCUCGCGCAAACACUUUCCAGAGCGGCGAGGAAGCAGUCGAGACGGGGUACGACUCAGAUGUGCAAGAGCUGCCGCUGCCUCUGAAAGCUACCGGGCAAGAUGUCAUUGAUGUGUCGUCCGACGAGGAUGAGCUGAUGGCGUUUUGA